AUGGCGUUAUCUGUAUUACUGAAACAAACGGGGUUGACGAAGUCAAUGGUCAACAGCUUCCGAGCAUCAAGGGCCUACGCAUCGGUUGCAGUGGGCACGGACUUGAUAUCGGCUGCACCAGAUGUCUCUCUCCAGAAGGCUCGCUCCUGGGACGAGGGGGUUUCUUCCAAGUUCGCCAUUACUCCUCUCAAGGACAUUUUCAAGGAUAAAAAAGUUGUCAUCUUUGGCCUCCCUGGUGCCUACACUGGAGUUUGUUCGGCUCAGCACGUGCCUAGCUACAAGAACAACAUUGAUAAGUUCAAGGCAAAAGGAAUUGACUCGGUGAUAUGCGUCGCCGUUAAUGAUCCUUAUGUAAUGAAUGGCUGGGCCGAGAAACUUCAGGCUAAAGAAGCUAUUGAAUUUUAUGGAGAUUUCGACGGGAGCUUGCACAAAAGUAUGGACUUGAUGAUAGAUCUAUCCUCUGCUUUACUGGGACCUCGAUCUCAUAGGUGGUCAGCUUACGUGGUUGAUGGGAAAAUCAAAGUCUUCAACUUGGAAAAAGCUCCAUCGGAAUUUGAGGUUUCAGGCGGAGAAGUUAUUCUGGGACAGAUCUAG